GGCUCUUUUUGACUACGACAGGACCAGGGACAGUUGCCUCCCUAGCCAGGGCCUGAGUUUCUCCUAUGGGGACAUCCUGCAUGUCAUCAAUGCCUCCGAUGAUGAGUGGUGGCAGGCACGGCUGGUUACACCCCAUGGGGAGAGUGAGCAAAUUGGGGUCAUACCAAGCAAGAAAAGGGUGGAAAAGAAAGAACGUGCACGAUUAAAAACAGUCAAGUUCCAUGCAAGGACGGGCAUGAUUGAGUCCAACAGGGAGAUGUUUGGCAGAAUGAACGACAUACGGCCAGUCAAAGUGAAACGCAAAAAAAGCUUCAACCUAUCACGCAAGUUCCCGUUUUACAAGAGCAAGGAGAAUAUAGUGCAGGAGUUGGUGGAGACCGAACAGUGUUUGACAUCCAACACCAGUGACAGCGAAAGCAGCUCUAAGGGUCAGGAAGACACAAUUCUAUCGUAUGAGCCAGUGAUUCGACAGGAGAUCCAUUACACAAGGCCUGUGAUUAUCCUUGGUCCAAUGAAGGACAGAGUAAACGAUGACUUGAUCUCGGAGUUUCCUCACAAGUUUGGAUCCUGUGUUCCACAUACAACUCGUCCUCGGCGAGAGAAUGAGAUGGACGGGCAGGACUACCACUUUGUGGCUUCAAGGGAGCAAAUGGAGAAAGACAUUCAGGACAACAAAUUUAUAGAGGCCGGCCAGUUCAAUGAGAAUCUGUACGGAACAAGCAUCCUGUCUGUCCGGGCAGUGGCUGAAAGGGGGAAACACUGUAUCCUGGAUGUGUCUGGGAACGCCAUAAAGCGACUGCAGCAAGCACAGCUCUAUCCAAUCGCCAUUUUCAUCAAGCCAAAAUCUGUGGAGGCACUGAUGGAAAUGAAUAAGAGGCAGACAUAUGACCAAGCCAAUAAAGUCUUUGAUAAGGCAGUGAAGCUUGAACAAGAGUUUGGAGAGUUUUUCACAGCCAUAGUCCAGGGUGACUCGCUAGACGAGAUCUAUAAUAAAAUCAAGCUGAUCAUAGAGGAGCAGUCAGGCCCUUACAUCUGGAUCCCAUCCGCAGAGAAGCUCUGAGCUCGCUGACUCCAUGGAGCCCUCCGCCUGACCCCCUACACCCCCUUCCACCUGACACCUUUCCUUCCCUUUCACUGAUAUGUUUCAUAUCAAGUUUUAGUGUCAUCAUUAUGUUACCCUCAAAUGAAAAACGUCUUAUCACCAUUACUGUGACUGUGCACACCCCUGCAUGAGUUUCUCAGCAAUUCCAUUCAAGAUUGGAAAUGCCAUUCCUAAAGAAAUUUUUUGUCAUGUAAAACAAAAAAGGGAAACCUGAGCGAAUCCUUUCAUGGCUUUCGGAUGGACUUGAUUAUGAGGAUGAGAAUGUCUUAAAGUGAGAACGGGGAGUCGGAGAUGGUGACACAAGUGGAAACCUUGUAUAUGUUCAUUCGGUUUCAUUGAAAAAGACAUUUGCGGAUGCUGUGCGAGGUUUUCUACAAGGACUAGAUACAGAUCAAGCCUGCUGAUGGUACCGUCACUACUCAUAUUUAUAAGCGGAGAAACUUCAAAACUGACGGUGAUCUUCAGUACUCACAAACCAGCUCGCUUUAUUCGAUUGGCUGCCUGGCCAUGGCCAAUUUGUAUGGCGACACGGUCGGAGACGGAACAAAAUGGAAAACGGGGUUCGAGUCUAUACAUUUAUAUUACUGACAUCACAUGGAAAAAAUCCUAUGGAGAGAUUUUAUUACAUAAUAUGAAAUGAUACGGUACACAUUUUACACUUCACUAGAUUUGUCUACUUGGAGGGCUGUUAGAUUUCAUUUACUUGUCUUUGGGUUUUUGUGUUCUUUCUUUCUUGUGGUUUUAGCUGCUCUGUAUUAAAGAUGGGGGUAGAGAGGUGUAACUGGGCUCUCUGCAGAGCACCAAACUGCCUUACGAUGAAUAAACGCUUCUGUAAAAUUCCUGUCAAUCGUGGUGGGGAAUGACACUAUUCAACCGAUCAGUGCUUAGCAGGAGACUCGAUUUUAGUGCUAUUUGUGUGAGUUUCCCAUCAUCCUAUUGGAGGCCUAACUUGUGAGUGCAAUAGACUUAAGUGUCUUACCUCUGUGAAAUUCUUUUUUGCGAAUCUUUUUUGUCUUAAGCGAAAUCCAAUUUUGGCCGCCAUUGGAGUUGUUGAAAAGCAGACAGCCCACUUGCACUUCCUCUGCCUUCCAUGACUAUACUCUCUUCAGACUGAACGGUAACAAGGUACUGUCCUGUUAGCUGCCCUGGAUCGCAGCCUUAAAACGGGUAGAAUCAAGACAAUAAUUGUAUUGGAUGUCCUUCUUGAUAUUAAAGCGUUAGUGGAGCCUGAAAUUGACCGUUUUCCCCAGAACUCGACGAUGGUUUAAUUAAAUCUGUUCUUUGCUAUGA